GCUGCAUUAAUUUCAGGCCACGUCUUCUUUGCAUCUUCUUCUGUUGGUAUUUCUCCUUGCGAUUUCUUUCCAAGGCAUCUCUCGGUGGUAUUGAACACGCGAAGCACGGCUGCCAGACACUGUGCGCGUCGUGACUUCACCCCACCUUCUGCUUGCAGCUUACGAUACCCACGAUCGCACGGUCUUGCUUCAUCGCGACAUCGCAACAGCCUCUAUGAUUUCACCAACUCUCACGACAUAACGAACCCUCUCUCUCGACCCCACCAACCCCCCACCACCCCUCGCCGCCCCGACCGGGUUAACGGUCGCCUACCGCCGCCAUGCUUGAAGGACUCGUCUCGAACCUUCUCAACCGGUUCUUGGGCAUGUAUGUCCAGAACUUCGACCCAAAACAACUCAAUGUCGGCAUCUGGUCUGGUGAUGUCAAGCUGCGAAACCUGCAACUUCGCCGCGAAGCUCUCGAUCAGCUCCAUCUCCCCCUGAACGUGAUCGAAGGCCAUCUGGGCUCACUUACACUAUCCAUACCGUGGUCGAACCUGCGGGGCAAGCCGUUGAAGGUUAACAUCGAGGAUGUGUUUCUGCUGGCAGCACCCAAGGAGGACGCCGACUACGAUGCCGAUGAGGAAGAGCGACGGGCGCACGCGGUCAAGAUGGAGAAGCUCGACAGCGCCGAGCUGCUCAAGGAGCGCAACACAGAAGGCAUGAGUGCCGAGGAGGAGCAGAAGAACCAAAGCUUCACGGCUAGCAUGGUGACUGCCAUUGUGGACAACGUCCAGGUCACAGUCAAGAACAUCCACAUCCGAUACGAAGACUCGAUAUCCGAUCCAGGCCACCCGUUCGCGCUUGGUCUCACACUCGCCGACUUUAGCGCUACUAGCACAGAUGAAAACUGGAAGCCCACCUUCAUCACGGGCAACUCGACAUCCACACAUAAGUUGGCGACACUGGGUUCGCUAGCGGUAUACUGGGACACGGAUGCAGAGCUGAUAGGGACUGGCAGAGGCAGUGAAAGCAAAGAUGAGCAGCACAUUGAUCACGACGACUUCAUCGAGAAGGUGCGAGGAAUGAUACCGAGAGGAGAUAAUCCUGAGCUUGGUGAUCAUCAGUUCAUCCUCAAGCCUAUCAGUGGUCGCGCCGGCCUGGAGAUGGACAAGACUGGCAAGCCUGAUCGACCCAAGAUGAAAACACGGCUCCUCUUUGACGAGCUCGGGUUCAUCAUUGAUGAAGACCAAUACCGAGACGCACUCAUGCUGGUCGACCUAUUUCAUUACUUCCUCCGACACCAAGAAUACAAGAAGCUCCAGCCCAAGUCGACCCCGAAAGAGGAUCCCGCUGGAUGGCUGAGAUUCGCCGGGAACGCUGUUCUCGACAAGAUUCACCAACGAAACAGGCAAUGGAGUUGGGACUACUUCAAGGAGCGCCGGGACGAUCGAGUGCGAUACAUCGGAUUGUUCAAGAAGAAAAAGCGAGAGGAGAAGCUCUCGCCUACUGACACUGAAGAUCUUGACAAGCUUGAGCGCAAGCUGAGUUACGAAGAUCUUCGUUUCUGGCGCUCGUUAGCGCGGAAUCAGUUGCGCAAGGAGAAUGUCGGGGUGAAGAAGCCACCUACCAAACAAGGAUGGGGCUCUUGGAUCAUCGGUCGUAAACAAGAAGAACAUCAUGAUGAAGACACUCAGAUGAACGAACAGCAGCGCAAAGAGCUGUACGAUGCUAUCGACUGGGACGAGAAGAAAGCCAUCACCGAGGCAGUGGAUAUGCCUCGAGAGUACGUGAAGAUGGAAGUGAAUAUGAGUCUUCGAACUGGAAGCUUUACACUCAAGCGCGAUCCUCACGGAAAGUCAACUGAAAUCCUUCGUCUUCUGUUCGAUUCUUUCAGCACGCAGUUCCUGCAACGUACAGACUCCAUGUUUGUCAAAGUGGCUCUUGAGGGAAUGCGCCUCUACGAUGGUACGACUGAAGGCAGCCUCUUCCCCCAAAUCAUCACGAUCAAGGAUGCCCCGCCCGUGCCCGACGACAAGCGGAUCGAAGAGCUCGAUGACGACGAUUUGCCGAAAGAUGAGGAGAAAGAAGAUGAGGAAGAAGAAAAGGAGGAUCCUUUCUUCCAGCUCUCUUUUGAGAAGAACCCACUUGACAAUAGUGCCGACACUGCCCUCACAGUAAAGCUGAAGGGUAUGGAGUUUGUUUACAACCCCAGAUUCGUAGUCGAGGUGGCGAAAUUCUUCAAACCUCCGGAACGACACAUGGAAUCGAUUGGUGCACUUAUGGAGACAGCUGGAGCAACUGUUGAAGGCAUUCGGCAACAGACACGUGCUGGGUUGGAGUUUGCUCUCACUGAACACAAAACCAUCAAUGCACAACUGGAUCUACAGGCCCCGCUUAUCAUCAUUCCUGACUCUGUCACGAAGAAGUCAAGUAAUUGCCUUAUUCUCGACGCUGGUCACGCAAGUGUAACGAGUGAGCUUGUCGACAAGGACACCUUACGAGAUAUUCAGGCCAAACAGCAGCAUCAAUACACCGACGAGGACUACCACAAACUGGAAAACCUGAUGUAUGACAAGUUUCUUCUCAAGUUGCAUUCGACGCAAGUGCUCAUAGGGCCUUCCAUUGAGGAGACACGUGCCCAACUAGAGGAAAGUGCCACAUCUAAGCACUUCCACAUCGUGGACAAAAUCAACAUGGAUUUCAAUAUUGAGAUUUGCAUUGUUCCUAAGGGCUCCGAUUUGACCAAGUUCCGCGUCUCUGGUAAUCUGCCGGUUCUCCAUGCGUCAAUCUCAGAUGCAAAGUACAAGAACUUGAUGAAGCUGAUUGACGUGGCCAUCCCCAAAUUUGACAACGACGAGCCGACCAAGGAGGUCAUUGAAGGCGCAAAGGGUCCGUCUAACUUGAAGCCGCCUAACGAAGGACUGUCAGACCAAGAUGCUCUUGGACGGCCUAGAUCGAAGUCCUUUCAAUUUUCUGCGCAGGAGCACGAGCUCGUUAUGGAAGAAGACGGUGAUAGCAAGUCAGACGAGAAGUUUGAAGAUGCUCCAGCAGCCGAACGGAAGCAGGACAUAUUUACUCACCAACGCAACUUUGAGUUCAAGUUCACCGUCGACAAACUUCAAGGCUCGCUGUACAGGUCUGAUGCAGAGGGUCGAAAACCUGACCAGCUUCUGGUUGAGUUGAUUGCGGAGCACUUUGACCUUGAGUUCUACCAGGAGGCGUUUGAAAUGGGCGCUGAUGUUCAUCUGAGAAGUUUGGCUGUCGAGGAUCAUGUCGAAGAGAAUCCGCUACCAGAGUUCCGGAACAUCAUGUCAUCUGAAGACGCAUCCGCGGAAGAACAGAAGGAUCUGUUCUCCCUGAAGUUCGUCAAGGUGAACAAAGAAUCCCCAGAGUUCCAGACCAAGUUUGAGGGCAUAGCUACCAACUUGGACGUUGCAGUGUCAACCAUCAAUCUCAUUGUAACGAGACGGACGCUGCUGACUCUCCUGGAUUUUGUUCUCAUCACGUUCACCAAUCCAGAUCAACCCCAGAACCAGCAAGCCCAGGUAGCUGUUCAGCCAGACCAGCAACAGGCCGUCCAGCAGCCCCAAGCCGAGCCUGACAAGAUACGUAUUCGAGCUGAACUGAAGCGAAUCGCGUUGAUUUUCAACAAUGAUGGAAUACGCCUUGCCACGCUGAGUUUGAGCUCUGGUGACGUCGGCGUCUUUCUCAACGGCAAGACCAUGCGCAUUGGUGGACGUCUUGGCAACCUGUCCCUUAUCGACGACGUGAACCAGGGCGUUCCUGAAGACUCGUCGCUUCGCCAACUGGUGACUAUUGAGGGCAAGAACUUGGCUGACUUCAGUUACGAAACAUUCGAUUCCGAACUGGAGACUUAUCCUGGCUACGACAUGGCCGUUGCCUUGAAGACUGGAUCUAUCAAGAUAAACUUCCUCACAGAGCCCUUCCGUAAGAUCAUGGAGUUCGCAGUAAAGUUUGGCAAGAUGCAAGCAAUCUUCAAUGCAGCACGGCAGGCAGCAGCGAACCAGGCCACUCAGAUCCAAGAGCGGGCCUCCAAGUUUCACUUCGAUAUCACCAUCAGUACUCCCAUAGUCGUGUUUCCAAGGAUGGCAUUCUCAGAUAGGCCUGAACGUGACACCUUGACAGCGAACCUAGGAGAGAUCUACGCGAAGAACACGUUCGUCCCACUCGAUGAUUCCGAGAGUGCGGAUGUGGCGAACAAGUUGUCUGCCGGAAUCAGAAACAUCAAGCUCACCUCAAAUCUUCAUUACGAUGACAACCGAGUCGAGGAACUUGAGCUCAUCGACAAAGUCGAUCUCGACUUCAACAUCACAAUAGUGGAGCACAAGCCCGAGCGGAAACGGCCAGACCUCGAAAUUGAUGGAUCAAUGUCUGACAUCAAUCUGCGACUCAGUCCGGAUCAGAUGAAAUUCGCACUGGAGCUGUCUCGAUCAAUACCGGAGGCAUUUGCAACGCAACCAGAUGAGGCUAUCGAAGAGGAUGUCCAGGCUGAGCUGCCCCGAUCGACAACAGUGCCAGCACGGCAGUUGACAGAAACCGAGUCUCCUGAUAAAGAACCAUCUCGAGACGUGGUUUCGUCACAAGGACCUGAGCUACAGACUGACCGCGACACAUGGACGAAGCUGGACUUCGUCUUCAAAGUCGGUUCUAUUGGGUUGGAGUUGAUUCGCUCUGAAGACGGCGAACCUGUUGGCGAUGUUGAGGCUGCUAGCCUUUCCAAAUCCUCUCUCAAUGAGACGCACGUCAAAGUCCGCAUGAUCAGCGACGGAGCUCUAGAGGCUGAACUUGUGGUCCAGUCGUUUACUAUCCGAGAUAGCCGUACGCAAGGGGCGAAUAAGUUCCGCAAGAUCAUGUCUCUCAUCAACAACGACGUGAAGCAGCAGUUCAUGGCCAGCGUUUCCAUCUCAGGCGGGCAGGAGCGAAAUCUCAUCGCUUUGCUGACAAUCGAUAGCCCAAGGAUUAUUGUGGCUCUGGACUAUCUGUUCGCGUUGCAGGCCUUUGUAAAUGCAGGAUUGGCCACGGAUGAACCGCUCACUAUCGUUGAAGAAACCGAGGACGACGAGACAGAUAGCGAUUCGGAAAUGAUGUCGCCGGAUGGAUCUCGGUCACCCGAAAAGCUACCGGCUGCUCCUGAACCAACGGAAGGAGGAAUGAACAUCUCGUUCCGAGUCAACCUGGUUGAUGCGCAGGUCGUUUUGAUCGCGAACCCUGCACUUUCCACUUCAGAAGCCAUUGUACUAGGCACAAAGCAAGUACUGGUUUCGAAACAACAAGCAAUGACGCUACAAGUCGAAAAGGUUGGCAUGUUCCUGUGUCGUAUGGACCGCUUCGAGACGCACCGAAUGCGCAUCCUUGAUGACUUCAGCAUUCAGACAGCUCUGGACAUGCGAAACCAGAGCGGGAAAGCGUCAUUGAUGAGUAUCACUGUUGACAUUGAGCCUCUCGUUCUUCGCCUGUCGCUUCGUGAUAUCCUGUUGGCUAUGCAGAUUGUCAAUCGUGCAUCUGCCAUGUCUGGGAAUGAUGAGAGCAAGCUGCCCAGUGCAGAGGCACAGAAACUCAAACCAAAUCCGCCUACGAAGAAGCCCAGAUCAACGAUGGGCAAGACAUCUGGUUCAAGGCCUCAAGCGAAGUCCAUCGCGAAUACCAAGCGAUCGGGUGCUGGGGCACAGCUGGAGCCUCCACAACCUGGUUCUGCGGUACUCAAGAGAGAGGAAUUACAUAUCAACAUCGAAGGUAUUCGCGUUGUCCUCAUCGGAGAUGUUCACGAGAUGCCGAUGUUGGACUGGCGGGUAAAGAAAUUCGGUGUUGAUGUGCGAGAUUGGUCGGGAGCUAUGGUUGUCGACACGUCCUUGGACACCCUCAUCAACGUCUUCAACUUUUCCAAGUCUGCAUGGGAGCCUUUGAUCGAACCCUGGAGCGUUGGCUUCCACAUGGCCAAGGACCAGAACCCUGACAGACUUGCCGUAGAUCUCUACUCUCGCAAGUCCAUGGAGCUCACAGUUACUGCCGCUACUAUUGCCCUAGCCUCGAAGUCCUUCGACUUCCUUACUAGUGACGAGGAUAUUUUGUCGAAGCCUCGAGGUAGUGACGCACCAUACCGCAUCCGGAAUCACACUGGUUUCAACCUUGAUGUCUGGGCCGACGGCAAAGACCAGGAGGGCUAUGCGGCGAAGCUGGAAGAAGGUGAAGAGAAACCUUGGCACUUUGAGGACCCUAUGUCUACCCGAGAGACAUUGUCCACAGAUGCUGCGACUGGCAUGCUCGGAAUCAAGCUCGAAGGAAGUGGAUUCGACACUAUCCCGCGCAUACCUGUACAUCGAGAAGGCGAAUUCCUGUACAACCUCAAACCCAAGCAAGACCGUGUUCAGCACCGAAUUCUCGUGGAAGUAAAGCUUGGCGCGGACAACAUCAAGAAUAUCACCUUCCGCUCGCCCUUGUUGGUGGAAAACAACACCCAGAUCCCGAUUGAACUUGGCAUGUUCAGCCCUGAAGACGGCCAUCUUCUAAAGAUCGACAAGAUAGCUCCCGGCGAUGCGAGGCCAGCACCCGUUGGCUCGGUCUACAUGCAUUCGAUCGUGAUCCGCCCAGAUCAGGGAUUCGGAUAUGCUUGGUCGAAUGAGCGUUUGUUCUGGAAAGAUUUGCUCAAACGCCCGACACGAACGAUAACCUGUCGUGGUGAGCAAGAUGAGCAGGCUCCACCUUUCUAUUUCCAGAUGCAUGCUGCGUAUGACAAGAAAGAUCCUCUGACUGGCGUGUACCCGUACAUGCGCCUCCGUCUACAGGCACCAGUUGAAGUCCACAACCUAUUGCCAUACGACUUCAAGUACAGGAUAUACGAUAGCAACACGAAGAAAGAUUGGACGAAUUUCCUAAGAAAGGGAGGCAUCAGCCCGGUCCAUGUGGUCGAGCUUUCACACCUUCUGCUCAUCAGUGUUGAAAUGCAAGAUGGUCCUUUCAAACCCAGCAAAUUUGGCAUUAUCAACUCAACCGAUCGAGAAAGCUUCAGACGGGAGAAGAAACUGGAAGUCAAGGAUGACAACGACACGACCUUGCACCUCAAUAUGCACUUCUUCAACUAUCCCGACGGCGGUGGCGCAUUCAAGGUCGCAAUAUUCAGUCCCUACAUCGUCCUCAACCGCACUGGUCUUGAGCUCAGUCUCCGGUCCCAGCAAGGACAAGGAGCCUUCUCGGGUCCACCCAGCGAGGCUGGCAAGACCAUGCCGUUCAUGUUCUCUUAUCCUUCGGAGAACAAGAAGAACCGUGCUCUGAUCAAGGCCGGAGAUUCUAGCUGGAGCAAGCCGCAGAGUCUCGAUGCGAUUGGAAGCAGUUACACAGUAGCCUUACCGUCCACCAAGUCACGAUCAGACAUGCAUAUCGGCGUCGGGGUUUCGGAAGGCGAGGGCAAGUAUAACCUAACCAAGGUUGUGUCUAUCACUCCGCGCUUCAUCGUCAAGAAUAAGGUCAAGGAGGAGCUGCUCAUCCGCGAGCCUGGUCAGUCUGAUUGGUUGACGCUAACGGAUGGCGAGCUUUUCCCUCUGCGAUGGCUUCGACAAGGAGGAUCGCCACAGUUGUCUCUUUGCUAUCCUGGCGUCAACAACCAAUGGUCCUCUCCGUUCCACAUCUCGAACGUUGGUACCAACCAUGUCAAGUUAUCUAAGACCGGCCAGCGUCAGAAGCUCAUCCGUGUCGAUAUCCUGAUGGAACAAGCAACAAUUUUCAUCCACAUCAGCGUCGAGACAAAGCACUGGCCGUUCUCGUUCAAGAACAUGAGCGACCAAGAGUUCUUGUACUGGCAACAAAACCCCAAUCUCGACGAGGAUGAAGACGACCGCGGCUCCGGAUUCCGACCGAUCAGAUAUCGCCUGCCUCCAAGGAGUAUCAUGCCGUACGCGUGGGACUUCCCGGCAGCGAAGAACAAGGAGAUUAUCUUGAGCGCCAAUGGAAGGGAGCGACACGUCAAACUUGCUGAGAUUGGCCCCUUGAUCCCGUUCAAGAUUCCUCCCGGCCAAGAGGGCGGUGGCAUGAAGGUGAUCGAUCUCAACGUCGUGGCGGCAGGUCCGACCCAGACGCUGGAGGUAUCAAACUACAAGCCAUCCAAGAGCUUGUACAAGCAGAAGUCAGGCAUGGCGUCAUCUGCAACGACAGGUUUCGAAGUGAAGGAGAUGGACACAGAUGUGACGUUCAAAGCUCAAUUGCGACUCGCAGGAAUUGGCGUUUCGCUCGUCAACCGUCAUCUACGCGAACUGGUAUACGUCACACUGCGCGACAUCGAAUUCAAAUACUCCGACUCGGCACUAUACCAGAUGGUGAACAUGCAGGUCAAAUGGAUACAGAUCGACAACCAGCUCUAUGGCGGCAUUUUCCCCAUCAUUUUCUAUCCUAGUGUAGUGCCCAAGACGGGCAAAGAGAUGGAGGCACAUCCAAUCAUCCAAACCAGCGUCACUCGUGUCAAGGACGAUUCAUACGGUGUGUUGUACAUCAAGUACUUCACGAUUCUCCUACAGCAGAUGACACUUGAGAUUGACGAGGACUUCAUCUUUGCUAUGAUCGAUUUCGCCAAGAUUCCUGGCGCUUCUUGGUCGGAGGAGAAGGAAGGCAAGCUGUGGGAUGACAGCCUCGACCUCCCCGAGCCCACACAGGAGCAGUCCGGCCAGGAUGUCUACUUCGAGCUCCUUCAUCUCCAGCCUAUGCAGAUUGAUCUUUCGUUCGUUCGAACAGAACGUAUCAACGCCGAAGACACCAUGACCACAUCGAACCCUUUCAUGUUUGCGGUCAAUGUUCUCACCAUGUCUAUUGGUAACGUAAACGAUGCACCCGUGCGGUACAACGCCCUGAUGUUGGAGAAUGCGCGAAUCUCAACCACCGCGCUGGCAAGCAAUAUCCAGAACCACUACGUACAGGAGUCACUCCGACAAGUUCACGUCAUCAUCGGCUCUGCCGACUUCCUCGGAAACCCAGUUGGCCUCUUUACUAACAUCAGCUCUGGUGUUGCCGACAUCUUCUACGAACCGUACCAGGGUCUUGUCAAAUCCGAUCGCCCAGAAGAGCUUGGUAUCGGAAUCGCGAAGGGCGCGUCAAGCUUCGUCAAGAAAUCUGUCUUCGGCUUCUCGGACAGCAUGGCCAAGUUCACAGGCAGCAUGUCGAAGGGUCUUUCCGCAGCAACUCUGGACAAAGAGUUCCAAGAUCAGCGCCGCAACACGCGGUCGCGAAACAGGCCUAAGCAUGCUCUAUAUGGAAUCACGGCUGGCGGCAAUGCUUUCGCCAGCAGUCUGGCCAGUGGUCUUGGAGGCCUCGCGCGCCACCCCAUCCAAGGUGCUGAAAAGGAAGGCGCAUUCGGUUUUGUUAAGGGUGUAGGCAAGGGUCUUCUUGGAGUGCCUACUAAAGCUGCAAUCGGCGCUUUUGACCUCGCCUCCAACAUGGCCGAAGGUGUACGCAACACAACCACUGUCUUCGACCAAGAAGGGCUCGAUCGUGUGCGUCUGACACGCUUCAUCGGUACCGACGGUAUUGUACGCCCGUACUCGCAACGUGAAGCUCUCGGUCAAUUCUGGCUCAAGACCCUAGACAAUGGCAAGUACUUCAACGAAGACUACAUUGCGCACUUGGAGAUACAGGGCAAGGACAUGCUCGUCAUACUCACAUACAAUGGGGUCAUGAUGGUGCGGGCAAAGAAGUUGCAGACAGAGUGGGAUGUGCCGCUCAAGGAUGUGCAGACUAUCAGCAAGGAGCGGACAGGCCUGGCGAUUACACUGAAGGGGGGAACGAACGGACCAUUCAUCCCUGUGGGAGAUGAAGAGAGUAGGAAUUGGUUCUAUCGACAGGUCGCUGUUGGCGUGAAUGCGUAUAACGACAAAUGGAAUGCGAAAGGCUAAGGGGUAGAGUAGAGGUUUGGUGUGGAAGGGAAAAGGGAUGGAAAUACGGGUGGCGCAACAUUGGCACAGACUGUCACACUCUCCUACUAGUUCUAAUGUAUAUUUUUCACUGUUCAUUGU